AUGUCGCAAACCCAUGCUUGUGCACCAGGAUCUAGAGCCUCGGUGCGUGGACGAUAUGCAAAACUCAGCGAUGUCCAAUUUCUUGCCGCCGUGAUGCAACAACAUGAGCAACAAGCUUCUCACAUCCCGAACAAUCGAUUGACGUUUUUGAUUGACGGCAAGACUUAUUCGCACAAUGAGGUUAUGCGACGACUCCGGAGAGCAAAGAAGGCGGGUAGGAUAUCAUCAGAGGAGUUGAUGAGCGCAUCUGCACAGCCAAAGCAUAUCGAGAUCUUUCAUCGUCCUAUGCGCAAGAUGAACCGAUCGUAUCCCAUCCUGUAUGAUGGCCAGCUUUCGGACUCCAGCGAAGGAUCCUCAUGCUCAAGCCCGAUGCCAAUGGAAGCCUAUGCACGAUGGGCAGAACUCAUGGACGACUCAUCUCGGUAUUACUUCUUGCAGCUUGUACACAUGGAACAAAACAGUUCACUGCCAGCCACGCCUUCCUAUCCCGGCGAGCUCUUCAUCAAGGCCAAGUUCUUCUUUAACAUCAUCAAGUACUUCCGAGGAGCUUACGACAAUGGUCAAUUUGUCCACAACGAGCUGGGAGAGUACGUCAGUAAUGUCUCAGCCACAAGUUUUACCAAAAUCAACAACUUCUACAAAUGCUGCGUUACAGCGAUCGACCUGAUUGAGCGAGGAUACCACAUUCAAGGCUUCGCUCUGGUCUCGGAUGCUCUUUGGCUCAUCGAACAGUUACUGGAAGAACGAGAUCCAAAGUUGAUAGACACCAUCUGUGAUGUCUCUGUACUGCUUUUGACCAGAGGCUGGCACCGAAUGUACGAUGUAUUGUUAGACAGAAUCUGCGCCAUGGUUGAGAUACGAGCCUCUCAGAAGAACGAGAGUGAUCAACCGUGGGCAACGAUGUUUGCAUGCUUGAAAAGGCUGCCUACAUCACAAGCACUAGAGCUCAUGCAGCGAGGCUGGAAGUGCGGUUACGACCAACUCGAUGGUAUUUUCCCUGGACAUGCUUGGGAUGGGCUGAACAUUACCUGCUCUUCGAAUCAUUCACUUAGAAUGGGGCAAUAUGUCUCUCAGCUUCACCGAGACAUACUGUCGACACCUAUUACUUCGUCACAGCCGAACGGGAACUACCUGAAUGGCUUAGGCGAUAUGCAUCGGCAGUUCACUCGAGCCAAAGUCCUCUUCUCCAUCGGCAAUUAUCACGCAGCUCUGGAACCCUUGCAAUCGAUCGUCUCAAAAUGUGCCAAAGCAAGAACGCAUGGUGAGGACAAGUGGAUGGCACAAGAGAUUGAUGCUCUAGAAGCAUCAGCGAGAUGUCACUACGCUAUGAGCGGCCUUGUCACAACUUCUGGUAGUGUCUCUACGGCAGAAACCCUCCUCAAAGCUGCUAUCAACCUGAGCCAGGCGUGCUGGGGCAACAAACCGAUCCUUGACACAGGGCACAUCGAUCUGGUUCAGACACCUACUGCAUAUCCACAACAUGAUAUCAACAGAGUAUCCGGUAUUUCUUAUACCUGCUACCCAGACCAAGCUCAAAGCCUGCCCGAUCUCGCCAGACGCUCAUGGCCCUUUGCAAAAGCAUCGUCCGUUACAUCCUUGGUCGUGCUCAACUCGAGCGCCAGUGCAAAAGCAGCCAUCAUCCCCGUAAGGGCCCACUUCCGCCCUGUUUUGGCCAGAUGUAUCGCCACAGCUGUACAAGAAGCGAACGUGGACGGCCUUGCCAGGUAA